GGCAGAGCGUGGAUAGAGACCCAAGGCAGCCAGGAGGAGCCGAGAGUUGCUGCUCGUGCCCCGCCUCCUCCCUUCUGCUACGGGGAAGCGAAGGGUCUGCCCCCGUUGGACUGUGCCCCGUCGACCGGGGACGGACGGACGGAGAUUGGAGCUGCUGUGACCGGAGUACGAGCGGUGAGUGUUUCCGCUUUGGGGUCGGCGGCUGAAGAAUCGCGCGUACACGCAAGCAGAGCGGGACCCGCCGCGCCAUCCAUUGCAGGCAACGAAAAGUUCCCAGGCCCUUCUGCAAAAUGGCAUCAACAAAGCUGCGUGUGGCGGUAAUUGGGGCAGGAGCUGCAGGACUGUGUGCUGCCCGGCACAUCCUUGCCUCUCCUGAGACUUUUGCUCCACCAGUGGUGUUUGAGGCCUCGGACCGCUUGGGAGGCACCUGGGUUUACACAGAGAAGAAUGAGAAAGAAGAUGCCAUGGGAAGGACCAUCCACUCCAGCAUGUACCGUGACCUUAGGACCAACCUGCCCAAGGAAGCGAUGGCCUUUCCAGAUUUCCCCUUUGACCCAUCGCUGCCUUCAUUCCUGCACCACUUGGAAGUUCUGGCCUACCUGGAUAGCUAUGCAGAGCAGUUUGGCGUCUGUGACCAUAUCAGGUUCCAAUGGCAAGUGGAGGACAUCAGGCCUAUCCAGAGGGAUGAGGGCAGCCUAGGUGGCUGGUUUGUCACAGCUACACUGCAGCACCCAGAGUCAAUCCAGCAAGUCACGGAGCACUUUGAUGCCAUCAUGGUCUGCACCGGCCAUUACACCGUCCCGUUUAUACCUCCCAUUCCUGGACUGGACACUUUCCAAGGCCGUCUUCUACACAGCCACUCCUACCGCUGCCCAGAGCCAUUUGCCAAUCAGUCUGUGGUGCUGGUGGGUGCUGGUCCAUCAGGAGUUGACUUGGCCUUGCAACUCUCCCCUGUAGCUGCUCAAGUAGUGCUCAGCCAUAAAGGCCAACCUGUGUGUGGGCUGCCCAAGAAUGUGAUACAGCUGCCCCCACUUCUGAAAGUGGGACAAAAGACAGUGGUGUUCACAGAUGGCUCCAAGAUGCCAGCUGAUGUCUUGAUUCUCUGUACAGGCUACAAAUACAGCUUCCCCUUCUUGGACUUGGCCCAGUUGGGCUUACAAGAGACAGAUUAUGGGGUGGGCCCCCUGUACCAGUAUUUAGUGCCCCCCCGCCACCCUUCGCUGUUCUUGAUUGGCCUUUGUCAGCAGAUUUGUCCUUUCCCACACUUCCACUGCCAGGUGCUGUUUGCACUGGCUGUGCUAAGUGGGCGCUGUCCCCUCCCUUCUGUGGCUGACAUGGAGUCUGAGGUCGAAAGACAGCUGCAACAACAUUUGAAGAAUGGAGGAUUGGCCCGGUACUUCCUGAAGGUGAGGAUCCAACAGUGGAGCUAUAUGGACAACCUAGCUCAGCUUGCUGGAUUCCCACCUGUGCCACCUGUUGUCCAACAAAUUUAUGAAGAUACCCGUACCAGCCGUCUCUACAAUGUGAGCACCUAUCGUAGCAGAAACUAUCGGCUGUUGGGUCCUAGUGCUUGGGAGUUGGUGCAGGAUUGUGGUGGGAACUGCAUAAAGAUUGGAGAUGCAAAAUGAGGACGCUUAGACCCCAGCAUGGCAUUCUUCUCUCUCCCUCUGUGUGGCUUUCUUUCUAAGUCCCAACUCCAGUCAGAGGGGGAGUUGGGCCAGGAACUACCAGAUGAGACAGAGGAAGAACCAAGUUCCCCCAUGGCAUUAUUGAGAUAGAAGCAAGAGCUUAAUGUAUAUGCUGGCUGGGGAAUUCUGGGCGUUGGUCCAUACAUCUUCAAGUCACCAAGGUUGAGGAACCCUGAUCUACACUGCUUGUCACAGUCCAGCAAAUCUCUGCCCACCAUGAAAUAAUCUGGAACAGAGAACCUAGUUCUAAUGAGAAAAAGAGGAAAAUCAGUAAGCUCCAGUCUGUAAUCUCAUUUUCCUUUGGUUCAACACAGAGAGGGGAGGCAUAGGAGGGAAGAGGCCAAACACAGCUAGUGUUUGAUACCAGCCUAUUUUCUUCUAUUUGCACUAAAUAUAUCUUUGAAAGAUAUGAAUGGAAAUACUCACAUAGCAGUGCUUUUACUGUGGAAACUAGAAACUGCUUCAGGUAAUGUCACACUGAGGGGACAGAGAAUAAUAAAGCAAAGCUGUGAUCUGG